AUGCGACAGGGCAGUCAAAAUCAAUGGCAUACAUCCGGAAUUAUUGCUCCUCUACUCAUCAAUGCCAUCAUGGGUACAUUAUCAAAACCUCAAAUGACAUCUGUUACAGCUUAUAUGGAAAUGGGACAAGCUCCAGCAACUAUACAUGUCCAUGAUGAGCUAGUUAAAGAGACGGUUAUGUAUUUAAAAAAGUUGGGAGAGAAAUCAGAACGAGCGUCGAAUAAGAUCUGUGCAGCCUGGCAAGAGCUUUCAGAGGAUUUUGUGUGCAGUGAACAGGUCAAAUUAGCGAAGAGAAGAACACCUCAGCAUCUGGAGACAAGAAUGCUGGGGUGGGUAUCAGGUAUCGCCCUGAUACAUUAUGUUUCUGAUGACCCGCCGUCAGAAGGAUGUAAAAAAGGCGACUGGGAUGGUACGGGCAUGUGA